AUGAGUGAACGACAUAAGAGAAACCGCAACAGAGUACCUUUGAGCUGUACAAUUUGCAGGAAACGGAAGGUCAAAUGUGACAAAAAGAGGCCGCACUGUGAUCAGUGCGUCAAGACAGGAGUUGCCCACCUUUGCCACUAUAUGGAACAGACUUGGGCCGAAGAGGCAGAAAAAGAACUUUCCAAGGAUUCGGAGUUGAAGCAACUGCGAGAACGAAUCAAAGCGUUAGAAAAAAUGCUUUCUGUAAUGCACGCUGCCAGUAGUACCACUCCAGAAAGUACAACUGCUAUGUUGGAAGAAAAACCUUAUUACCGAGACCACCCUCAAGCUUCAAGUCAGGAACCGAAACUGUUAGACGAAAGAAGGUUUGACAAUGACGAAUUGGACCUCACGCGGCAAUUUGACAUGUUGCAUUUGAAAAAUAACGGUACCGUUCAUCUAGGUGCUACCCAUUGGCUAGCUAUCAUGAAAGGUGACCCUUAUUUGAAACUUCUCUGGGGUCAUAUCUUCACAAUGCGCGAAAAAAUGUCUGAAUGGAUCAUGAACAAGCGAAGGGGUAAUGCAAAUAAUGGUUCUGGGCGUCAUCUGCAAAACUCGGCAGGCAAAUGUCCUGUAAUACAUCAGGUAGCAUCAUCAGGCUGCCCUGUUUCUAGUAUGGCGCACCUCGGCACAUUGCAAGACAAGACCACGCAAAGCAAAUGCCCGGUUGACCAUCAGACUCUCUUAGGUGCACAUUCGACUAAUGAAAAAACUGAAAAUUCAAGACCCAAUGUCACUACUCCGCUCUCGUCUUCCCAGGUAUCGAAGGAACCGUCUCCACGAUGUCCUAUAGCUCACAGUCAAAAAUCAACAACCUAUGAGUCUAAUCGUCCCGUAGCCCACGAAACACCUGGAACAGUGCAAAACAAUACAGGAAUUCAAUCCCACCCAGUAACAUUGCCAUCAUUUGAAAAACUGACAUCGAAGUGCCCAGUCAUCCAUGAUUCAUCUCCACCCCCGCCAACCGGUCUGGGGCCAAAUCCUAGUAACAAAACGCAGGAUCAAGCCAUCGCAGAGUUGUGCAAACUACUUCCUCCCAAGAGAAUCAUCGCACUAAUCCUUGAUAAAUUCUUCAAACACGUAUAUCCUGUCAUACCUAUAUUGGAUGAGCAAAGCUUUAAACACCAAGUGAAUCAGAUUGUACAGGCAAAAGGCGAUAUCCCGGUGUUACAACUCGGAAAGCCCUCUGAUUGCUCUACACUUGGUAUAUUGAUCAUCAUAUUGCGACUUACAUGGUUAUCACUACCACAAAACGCGUGCUCUGUUGACUUGGGCACGCGUUGUGGAAGCUUUUUUGUUCCCAAAGUUACAACGACCACUGUGGCGCAAUCGAGAGAAGAACAAUUUUUAAUGAACUAUGAAACACCAGCUGAAGCCAUUCAGCUGGUGCGCAAGUACCUCAUUCGCCUUGAUGAAGUUACCAGUUUCUCUAAUAGCAACGUCAAUCUCACCACAGUUCAGUUUGCCAUUUUUUACAAACUCUACCUUAUGUGCUGUACAGAGAAAACGAUUGAUACACAACUCAAUGCCUUCACGUCUACCAGUCAGGACAAUGAAGCACAUCAAAUGCUUCUUUCCAGUAUCGUCCAAAUGGCAUUCAGCUGCGGUUUACAUAGAGAUCCGGACAACUUCCCACAGCUUACAGUGAACACAAAAGGUAAGCUUAACAAAGAGGCCAUCUCCAGUGCUGAGAGGUUCAAACAUACUUGGCGUAAAACUUGGUAUGUGAUAGUUUCUUUGGAUGUACAACAGUCUUUAUCACUGGGGUCGCCUAGGUUACUUCGCAAUUUACGAGAUUUCAGCGACACCAAACUACCUUAUACAUCAAAAAUAGACUAUGUGCGUGAUAUCAAGGAACUCGUCGUUGUGAAAAACUACACUCUAUUUUUCCAAAUUGAUAUUUGCAUUGCAGCAGUUUUAAACCAUAUCUUGAACGUGUCUAUGGCUAAGACUGUGAGGAAAUUCGAGUUGGAUUCUCUCAUCGAAGUUUUGAAAAACAUCUGUUUUGUUGACGGCAAUGUCAGUGAAGCCAUCAAAAUGCUUGUAAACAAAGGGCUACUUUUCACAACAGAAGGGAGUGUGGAUCAGUCGCUUGAGGAGUUUUAUCCGCUGCCUUCUUUAGAAGAGGUGCUCUCACCGCUUCCUUCAGAGAACGAGAAGGAUAGGAAACCUUACUUGCCACACGAAAUGACCACUCGCGCUUUAUUUUUCUCCAAGCAUCUAAUGUUGAGAAUGCUACUUUACCUCCUCAAUUACGUCUUGUUUACUUAUUAUGAGCCUAAAGGAGAUAUUGAUCCAGGUACAAGGCCCUUGGCAAAAGGGUACGCCCAAGAGGCUCUAAAUUAUGCGAUGGAUGGUUUCAGAAAUUGUUUUCUGUUGUUCAACAACUCUAAAGUUAGUGAAAGUGGUAAUGGCUCUAUUUUCAAUCAUAUGGAAGUCGUGUUGGCCCCGUAUUGCCUUGACGUUGGCCAUCGUGCCCUACAGUUUAUGGUCUGUUUAAUUCUAAGGGCCAAGUGUGGGCCCUUAACAGGCAUGAAUGAGAACCCAAUUAUGAACAGCGGUAAUAACACGAGCAGCAGCGAAGAUGAGAAUGAAAUGACUAGCUUGAGUAUCAGCCGAAAGGAGCUCAAUGCAGAGUUAGCUGACUUCGAAAAGGAUAUAGAUUUGGACGUUGGUGAUGAGCUGGCCGAGAUACUUCUUUCUCGAAUGACGAUGUUCCACAAGUUGACAAAACAAAUUUCCCUGAAGUAUUUUUAUGCUAGGCGGAUGAUGAAGUCAACCGGCUUCUUUAUCACUCUUCUGAAAAUUCCGUCUAACAGAUCUUCAAGUGGUGAAAAAGAUCAUAAAACCUCAGGAACUGUUUCUCCUAAGUUCAAUCACCCAAGUAUUGCCAAAAUGACUGGCUUCUUCAAGAACGUGCCUUCCUUAAUAAUGUCAGCAAACGGAGAUCAAAUCAAGAGAUGCCCAGUUUACCAGGAUGCGGUUGGAUUCUUGCCUACAGCCGGACAAGGUGGCUUUGAACAGCGUACCUCAUCUGAAGGUUCGGCUCAACACCUCACUCCUUUACACCGGGCAUAUCAACCUAUCACUUACACCAGUAAUGACUUGCGGCGCACUUCGGACGUUAGAAAUUCAGAUACCAAGAGACAAAAGCUAGGGACAGAGGCUUCACGACCUUCUAUAUCGUUUGAUGCACUUGUAAAAUGUGAGAGCUGGGCUCAGUCACCUCCUGCACCUCACGAAGUGAGAUCUUCAGCCCCCCCUUUUAGCUCCCCUAUCCCCAGGCCGGACGAGCUUCCACCUAGUCGAGGCUUGAAAAAUAGCAUGAGAAUCCUUCAAAAGGAUGAAGCCAAGUCUUCCGCGCCCUUGACUAAUAUCUCUCCUGGUGCCGUGUCCGAGAAUUCUUCCUCAGCGGACUACGCUCCAGAUUUCGAAGAUUUCUUGAUGCAGAACUCAAACCUCAAUGGCCUUAUGAUCAAUGCAUCAUCCAUUGUUGAGGCGGUGGGCUUCGAUACUUAUAACAACCAAAAUACGGGCUCGGUGGGUAUGACAGCUGACUUUUUGCCCAUCGACAACUCCGAAAUAGAUGGUCUCUGUGAUUUGCAAAGUACAAAUCAAGGUUUUCCCGUUUGGGAGUGA